CACAACCUGACUGUCGUCGGAUCGGACGGUGGCUACACGAAGCAAUUGACGACGGAAUACAUCACAAUAUCUCCUGGCCAAACAAUGGACGCCUUGUUGACCACCGACCCAAUCCUCCAAUACAAGAGAAACGACGCCGUUCGAUCUCAAUCAAGUACUACUCCGACAUUAUUAUUCCCGUACCUUCCUGAUUAUAACGACACAAAAUCAGCCUUCAACUUCAUCACUAGGCUAAGGAGCCUAGCUGAUAAUGACCAUCCAAUAAAUGUGCCACUAAACAUAACAACAAAAUUAAUUUCUGCUGUUUCAGUAAACACAUUCCCAUGCCCACAAAAUAGUUCAUCAUGUGAAGGACCAAACGGAACUCGUUUGGCCGCUAGCAUGAACAACAUAAGCUUUGUGACACCAUCGUUAAGCAUAUUAGAUGCUUACUACUAUCGUAUUAAUGGGGUUUUUCAAAAAGAUUUUCCAAGUGUUCCACCAUUUUUGUUUAAUUUUACAUCUGAGUAUUUGCCACUAGAACUAGAACUACCAAAGAGAGGGACUAAAGUUAAGAUUUUGGAUUAUGGGUCGACAGUGGAAGUUGUUUUCCAAGGAACAAAUUUGGUUGCCGGUAUAGAUCAUCCCAUGCAUCUUCAUGGUUACAGUUUUUACGUCGUUGGAUAUGGAUUUGGCAAUUUUCACGAGGAAAGGGACAAAUUGAGCUAUAAUCUAGUUGAUCCUCCCAUGUUGAACACUGUGAUUGUGCCUAAAAAUGGCUGGACCACAAUAAGAUUCACUGCCACUAAUCCAG